CACAUUACUAAACCUAAUAACAAAUAAAAAUAAAAAUAAAAAUAAAAAACCUUGCCUUUGAAUUCUGAAAUUAAAGAGUGUGCAAUAAACAGGUAUCCUGCAGGUAAUUACUCCAAUUUGACAAGUAUCCAACCUAUGCAGCUCUCCAUGUUCAGAAUACUUUAAUACCACCUCACCAGCCCUCCUCUCCUUUCUUUUCUUCUACUCUUCUAACCCUUUUCAAAGUUUUCAUCUCUGUUUUCACUCUUCCUCUCCUCUUUUCCUCUCUUAGUUGACAGAAAGAAAGAAAAUGGAGUUUACAACAAAAGUGUUCAUUAGUACAGUUUUUCUUGCUGUUUUAGCAUCUCAAAACAGUAAAGGGGAACCAUUAGUACCAAUACUCUGUAUAUUUGGGGAUUCAGUUGCUGAUACUGGUAACAACAAUGGCCUCUACACUCUUAUUAAAGCCAAUUUCCCUCCUUAUGGAAGAGAUUUUGUCACCCACCAGCCUACUGGCAGGUUUUCCAAUGGUAAAACUGCCAUUGAUUUUACUGCGGAGAAUCUGGGCUUUUCAGCAUAUCCAGCAUCUUACCUAAGCCGAGCAGCAAGAGGAAAGAACCUUCUGAUAGGCGCUAACUUUGCUUCUGCUGGUUGUGGUUACAAUGAGAGAACAGCUGCCUUAUAUAGAGCGAUACCGAUAUCACAACAGUUAGCAUACUACAAGGAUUACCAAAGUAAGGUGGUGAAAAUGGUGGGGAAUGACAGAGCAAAGGGAAUGUUCUCUGGUGGGAUUCAUAUUCUGAGUGCAGGAUCAAGUGAUUAUCUUCAGAAUUACUACAUUAAUCCAGUGCUAUACAGACAGUAUACAACUGAUCAGUAUUCUGAUAUUCUCAUGACUUCUUUCAGUAAUUUUGUUCAGACACUAUAUGGGCUUGGAGUAAGGAGGAUAGGAGUAACAAGCUUACCACCAAUGGGGUGUUUGCCAGCAGCCAUUACGCUUUUUGGAGGAGGAACUAAUCAAUGCGUCGAAAGACUGAACAAGGAUGCUCUCUCUUUUAACAGUAAAUUAAAUGGUGUGGCGCAGAGCUUGCAGACAAAACUUGCUGAUUUGAAAUUGGUGGUCUUCGACAUUUAUCAGCCUCUUUUAGACAUGAUAACACAUCCCUUAGAAAAUGGCUUUUUCGAAGCGAGAAAAGCUUGCUGUGGAACCGGGACAAUAGAGACAUCCUUGCUUUGCAAUGAGAGGUCUGUUGGGACAUGCUCCAAUGCCACACAGUAUGUAUUUUGGGAUGGAUUUCAUCCCUCCGAAGCUGCAAACAAUGCAUUGGCUGGUGCUCUCCUAGCUCAAGGAUAUCCCUUGAUUGGUUAAGUCAUCAUCAAAACACUCACUUUUCCAGAAGACCUGAUUUAAGUUACUCUGCAUCUCUAGCAGUUGUUACAGCUUCACAGGAGGGUAAAUUUGAGUACUAGUUUUGCUCCUCGUAGACCUCAUCUAGUUUAGUAAGAGUUUAGUAUUACAAGCUGUUUUCCUAGAAAGUUAGUAUUUCAUAAAACACCAGCAUAUAGCUAAGACUAAAUCUACUGGAUCUGUAAUUAACUUAGACUGUUCUAAGCUUCAAAGCCUAUGGUUAUCAUUGUUACAAUCCACUUUUUAUCCUUUUCAAUUUCUUUGUUAGUCAUUUUUUCAU